CAUAGCUCAUCUCUUGAAUAUGCAAAGAACAAAACCCUUUGAACCAGAAGAAGAUUACCUAACCCACAUAACAAACUAAACAAGAAGAGAAGAAUGGCUUGCUGGUCUGCUGAGAAUGCCACUAAAGCCUACCUCAAAGCCCUAAGAAUGGGGAAGAGAGGGAAGGAACCCGAUGUAGCCGAGUUCAUAUCCGCGAUGGCGGCAGGCAACAAUGCACAGCUCAUGGUCAUAGCAUGUGCAGCCAUUGCAGGUUCCAGCACCCUAGCCAUGGUUGCUGCAGCCCAUCAAACUGGUGGUCGCGUAGUCUGCAUCCUAACCGGGCAUGACAAGCUAAAACCAUCCCAAAUUGCUUUAGGACAUUAUGUACAUUUUGUGGAGUUUGUCAUAGGAAAAGCUCAGACCCUUUUGCUAAAUGAAUUCAAAGGUGCAGAUUUCGUGCUCAUCGAUUGCAAUUUGGAUGAUCACAAUGAGGUUUCUCUGGUCGCGCAGAAGGGUGUGAAUCAUGGCGGUGGCUUAGUUGUAGGGUACAAUGCCUUUGGAAAGGGACAAUGGUUGAGUGAAUUCAAUACUCAUUUUUUGCCCAUUGGAGAGGGGUUGUUGGUGAGUAGAAUAGGUGCUGGUGCUGGUGGUGGUAGAUUUGGUGGUGGUGGGAAGAAGAGUCAUUGGGUUGUGAAAGUAGAUGAGGGCACAGGGGAGGAGCAUGUUUAUAGGAUUAAAACUUCAACCCAGAGGAGAGAGAUUGAAGCUUAAGAGGCUGUUGUGUUUUUUUGGGAACAAAUAGUACUAAGUAAUUCUAACUAAUGCUGUAAAUAGCAACUGAUGUGUAAUACCAGGCUUGCUCUUUGAUUUUUGGGAGAGCUUAAAAUGUUUUUGUAUAUGUUUCUGGCUAUGGAUGGUUGUGGUUAAUAUUCUAAAAUAAAAUAUAAAAAAAAGUUUUUUUAAAAAA